AUGGGGAUGGGCUGUAUAGUUCGAAGAACAUACUCUGUGAGAGGCCCACUGUCACUAUGGCAUGUCGACACAAACCAUAAGCUAAUUAGAUUCAACAUAGUUCUUUUUGGCGCUGUGGAUGGGUACUCCAGGAAAGUAAUGUGUCUACAAGCUUCAAACAACAACCGUGCUUCUACUGCGUUUUCAUCCUUCAAACAGGCAACUGAGCAACAUGGUGACAUUCAAGAGCCCGAUAUCGACUGGGAUGUUGCUGCUGACUACACACCUGAUGCUGACGGUGUUGUUGUGGUCCCAGAGUUUAACUGUCCCUUGGAUGACGAGGCGUACACUAGACUCAAGUUGUACUUAGAUGAAAACCGCGCGAACACGCGCACUAGAGAGCUCUACCUGUUGUGCAGAGAGUGUGUACAUAUGGGACAGUGA